CUUCACUCCUCUGCCGCAGCGUCAGGUGGCUUGAUAUCGCGUUCCUCUCUCGUUUAUUCGCUUUUAUUCGUUUUAUCACCACUGUCGUCUUCCACGCACAUUCGCAGCGCCACCCGUCGAUUUACGUGCCAUUUGUUUUGAAUUUUCCGAGUGAAUUCGACGCGCCCGAAAAAGUCUCAUCGCAUGCCAAAAAGCGGUUCCGAAUAUCGUUAACAAGUGUGUGGGUCGGGUUGUUUAGUUUGUUGAAACAUAAACACAACGCUCGACUGUUUAUCGUGCAUUUAAAGUUUCCCGAAAACGGAAAAUUGUGUGCUUUCCAGUUGUGCCAAAAAAUAGGAGGGGGAAAAGUUCCGUUGCUUGACCAAGUGCAUCUAUACGAAAAAUAUAGAUAUUCAAGUUAAUAAAUAAAACUCCCACUUCACCACACUGAAUGUCCGAGAAUAAAGGCAUCAUGCUGGCCAAAUCUGUUCAAAAACACGCUGGACGUGCCAAGGAGAAGAUUCUACAAAACUUGGGCAAAGUGGAUCGCACCGCAGAUGAAAUUUUCGACGAUCACCUAAACAACUUUAACCGCCAACAGGCGAGUGCCAGCAAAUUACAAAAGGAGUUCAAUAACUAUAUAAGAUGUGUUCGUGCCGUACAAACCGCCUCCAAAACGCUGAUGGAUGCCGUUGGCGAGAUCUACGAGCCACAGUGGAGCGGAUACGAUGCCCUGCAAGCACAAACUGGCGCCUCGGAGAGUUUGUGGGCGGACUUUGCGCACAAAUUGGGCGAUCAAGUGCUCAUACCGCUCAACACAUACACCGGACAGUUCCCCGAAAUGAAGAAAAAAGUGGAGAAGCGCAACCGCAAGCUGAUCGACUACGAUGGCCAGCGUCACUCGUUCCAGAAUCUGCAGGCCAAUGCCAACAAGCGCAAAGAUGAUGUCAAACUAACCAAAGGACGCGAACAGCUAGAGGAAGCCAGACGCACCUACGAAAUCCUGAACACGGAACUGCACGACGAGCUGCCUGCCUUAUAUGACUCAAGGAUACUGUUUCUAGUCACCAACUUGCAGACGCUAUUCGCCACUGAACAAGUGUUUCACAACGAAACGGCUAAGAUCUAUUCGGAGCUGGAGGCAAUCGUCGACAAAUUGGCCACAGAAUCGCAGCGCGGCUCCAAUACGCUACGCAAGCAAACGAGCAAUCCCAUCAAGACAUCGAGUCCAGUGCAGUCGCCAGUGAACAAAUUAAAUAACGCCAAUAUUAACAGCAACUAUCAGAAUCAGAUAACCACAAACGGUGGCUCCAGUUUGGCAAACAGCCCGACAUCCACCAGCUCGUCGCUGCAAGAGCCGAGAUUUGAUUCAGUUUCUUCAACACCAGAACCGCCCCCGGAUUCCCCAGUAGCAGCCGCGCCCAGCAGUAGUCCCACGGAGAACGGUGUGACCGCCGCCGUCGCCAAGCCACUGGAGCGACCCGAGUUGAGUGGCCUGAGUGCGAGUGGUAAGGCAACCACAACCACGCAGACAUCGCCCACGGAGGAGGAGGUGGUCGUGGUGGCGGUGGCCAGUGAUGUGAAGCCAUCUGAACCUGAAGGAGCAGUAGCAGGCGCAUCAGCAGCAACAGCAGCAACAGUAGCAGUAGCAACACCUGCCCAAGUCAAUGGCAACAACAACGAGCCGCAUGUCACCAAGGAGGGUGGCAAACAGCCCAAGGAACUCCCGAACACCACAUCCAAUGCCGAAGCUGCUGCCGAGGCGGCGGCCAACAAUGGCAACUCCAUCGAGGAGCACAAGCAGAAGAAACUAGGUAAUGACACAACAGCAACAGCAACAGUAGCAACUGCAACAGUCACCCAGCACUUAGUUACAUCAACAGAUACAGAUAUAGUAACAAAAUCAGAUACAGAUACAGCUACAGGUACAGAUACAGAUACAGAUACUAAGAGCAGCACAGGCACAAGUCAGAAAGGUAGACCAGUACCAGUAGUAAAUAGGCACAGCGUAAAUAAUCCUAACAAGAAUCCGUUCGAGGAUGACGACGAUCGUAUCUACGAGGUGCCCGCUGAUGCCAACACCGCUGACCUGCCGGCCGGCGUUCUUUACCGGGUGAAGGCCACCUAUGGCUACGUCAAGGAGGAUGUGGACGAGCUGAGCUUCGAGAUAGGCGACCUCAUUCGCGUCAUUGAGUACGACGAUCCCGAGGAUCAGGAGGAGGGCUGGCUGAUGGGUCAGAAGGAGGGCACCACCGAGAAGGGACUCUUCCCCGCCAACUUCACGCGCCCCAUCUGAAGCGGCGGAUGGCGGAGCAACUGGGCCAGCAACUAACCAUCGGCAACUUCAGUUACACCACCAACAGUUUCAGAACGAAGAUCCCAACACCCCAAACUUUCGGCCAAAUUAGCUUUGUGAGCGCUGCUUUUGUUUUUGUCCAGUUAAUAAAUUCUUGUUUUGUGAAUUGUCGUCGGGAAUUGGCAAUCCCACUUAGGGAUUGCUCGAGCAGUGCUUCCAACACACAAAUUGUUAAUGUUAAUGCUAAUGUUAACGAGAACGAGAACGAGAACCACACAACAACACAAAGAAGAACGCAGAUGAGGAGCGAGAGAGAAUAUUUUGAAAAUGUUUCAAACAUUAUUUUUUAGUUCUAAGUUUCAACAAAAUCUAAAGCAUAAACCUACGUAUACAUAUAUUAUUUGUUAAUCCUAUUACUGUGCUCAUAAUCGAUGCGUAUCUAAACGUGUCUAAUUUGUAAUUUGUUAAAGGCAAACCACAAAUGUAACGCAUAUCACUCGAAGGCCAGUCUAAUUGUUAAACAAAUCAAAAGUCGGAGGAGAGAGCCUGAACCUUUUGUACUUUGUGUAUUUUGCAAGUAUGUAGUACGAGUUUUUAAUAGUCAAUUGAGUGUAUUUUUGGGGUCGUUGCAAAAAAAGGCCAGAUGAAAUUCUUCUGUGGCCCCCGAAGUUUUGGAAAUUGUUUUUCAAGUAACAACUUUAACGUUUAGCGAUUACGUGUAUAUUAAUUUGUACUUUGGUUUUUAAUUUUCGUCUGAGAGACUCGAACUAGCUGCAGCUUUAUAACACGAACACAAUCCAAUAGUCACUAACCGAUCGAUUCGAUAUCUUUGUUUUAUUUAACUCGGUUGUAAAUCACACGAGAUCCGAAAUAAUUGUUUAAAUUGUGCACACACUGUAAAGUUAUUAUUUAAAUUUUAUUUAAUUAAUUUAAACACUUAUUUAUCGCAUGAACAUAUUGAACAAAUGAUAAUAAUUUACAGAAAAGCAAAUAAAACAUAGAUUAAAUAA